CCCCAUCGCAUUUGAAGUGCAAAUAUGGAAUUUCCGAGAGUCCUUUGGCUAGCAUUUGUUCCUAUUUUCGUUGCAGUCGUGUCCAUCAUGAUGGCACGACGACGGGCGACGUCCUUCCCAACAAGCAAACGAUCACCUCCUCCGCCGCCCACGGCCGCAGGGGCUCCCUUUCUUGGCAUCCUCCCAGCGCUUCUCGCCAAGGGCCCGCUGCGAGUGCUCUGCGAUGCCCACGCGGAGAUGGGGAGCGUGUUCACGGUGAGAUUGUUGCAUCGCAAGGUCACCUUCCUGGUUGGGCCAGACGUGUCGAGCCAUUUCUACCAAGGACUGGAGUCAGAAAUCAGCCAGGAUGAGGUCUCGCAGUUCACCACUCCGACCUUCGGGCCCGGCGUCGCCUUCGACGUGGAUUUCGCCACUCGGCGCGAGCAGUUCCGCUUCUUUGGGGACGCAAUGAAGCCGGCCAAGCUCAGAAGCUACGCCCGCCUCAUGGUGCGCGAAGUCGAGGAGUACUUUGCGAGAUGGGGACAGUCCGGCACGGUUGACUUGAAGCAGGAGCUAGAGCACCUCGUCACGCUCAUCGCCAGCCGGUGCUUGUUCGGGGAGGAGGUUCGGGCCAAGAUGCUGGCCGAGGUCGCAACUCACCUCCGUGAACUCAACGACGGCAUGCGCCUCGUCACCAUCCUAUUACCGCACCUGCCGAUCCCGGCGCAUCACAGACGUGACAAGGCGCGCGCUAGGCUCGGCGAGAUAUUCUCCGACAUCGUCAGCUCCCGCAAAGCAAGCUGCCCCGAUGGCAGCCGAAACGUCGUCGAUGACAUGCUCCAGUGCCUGAUCGAUUCCAGGUACAAAGACGGCCGCGCCACGACCGAGACGGAAGUGGUCGGAAUGCUGGUCUCUGCGCUGUUCGCGGGGCAGCACACAAGCUCCAGCACGGGCACGUGGACCGGAGCGCGCCUCCUCGCGCGCGCCAACGCCAAGCAUCUGCGCGCUGCCGUCCAGGAGCAGGAGCGGAUCAUGGCGCGGCACGGGGACCGCGUGGACUACGAGGUCCUGCAGGAGAUGGACACCCUCCACCGCUGCGUCAAGGAGGUUCUGCGGCUCCCCCCGCCCGCGACGAUGCUGCCGCGGCCCCCG